UGGGAAAUGAGAUGACAAGCUUAACAUUACUCAUAAAUGUCACAAGGAACAGGUGAGGAGAAAGAAUUCAGUUGAAAGGUUGCUGUUCAGAUGAAGAGGACCUGCCUGGUUGACCCUGUGUGUCACCCCCUGUUGCUAUGGCAACGUCCUAUUUUCCCACAUUCCUCCUCCUCCUCUUUCUGUCCUCCUUCACCCUCUUGCUGGUGACCCUCCUGCCCUCUGUUGUCCCAUCGAUUCCCUUUCGUUCCUCCUCUCCUCCCUCACCUUGGCCGCCACGUUCAUGCGGACCAGGUCAGUCCUGGGCUGUACAGCUCCAUGCUGGCCCGCAUCAUGAGGAGGAAGAUGGUGUACAGCGCUCUGUUCUCUUGGAUAUUAUAGCCAAUAGGGUAGCAGAGCAGGCUGGGCUUCAGAACCAGGGCCAGAUUGGACAGCUGGAAGGACAUUACUUGCUGUGCUCUGUAAAUCCCAAUGCUGGAUCUGUGGGAGAUAGAAAAAGUGUCCAGCCUGGGGAUGUCCUGGCAGCCCACCCUCAUGUCCUGUGGUACUCCCAGGAGAAAGUGCUCAGCCGCUCAAAGAGAUCGAUGGCCUUCAAUGAUCCCCAAUACCCUAAACAGUGGCAUCUGCAUAAUGACAUCAAUAAGGGAAUGGAUAUCAACUUGACAGGGGUAUGGGAGCUCAACAUAACUGGCCGAGGAGUCACAGUGGUCGUGGUAGAUGACGGGGUGGAACAUACGCAUCAGGACAUUCAGCCCAACUAUAGUCCAGAGGGCAGUUACGACCUGAAUUCCAAUGACCCCGACCCCAUGCCUCACCCUGACGUCUACAGCGACAACCACCAUGGGACUCGAUGUGCUGGAGAGAUCGCAGCCGUUCCCAACAACAGCUUCUGUGCCGUGGGGGUGGCCUAUGGCAGCAAAGUGGCAGGUAUCAGAGUCCUGGACGGCCCGCUGACAGACAGCCUGGAGGCCAUAGCCUUCAACAAGCACUACCAGGUCAAUGACAUCUACAGCUGCAGCUGGGGUCCAGAUGAUGAUGGACACACUGUUGAUGGACCUCAUCCCCUGGGCAAGGCAGCACUGCAGCACGGGGUGAUUGCAGGCAGACGAGGCUUUGGCAGCAUCUUUGUGGUUGCCAGUGGCAAUGGAGGUCAGUUCGACGACAACUGUAAUUAUGAUGGCUACGCCAACUCAAUCUACACCAUCACAAUCGGAGCAGUCGAUGAGAAAGGCAGGAUGCCCUUCUAUGCUGAGGAGUGUGCGGCCAUGCUAGCUGUUACUUUCAGCAGCGGGAAGGACCAUGCGAGGAGCAUUGUGACGUCAGACUGGUCCAUGCGACAGGGGACGGGCUGUACGGAGGGCCACACCGGCACGUCUGCUGCAGCUCCCCUGGCGGCAGGAAUGGUGGCCCUGAUGCUGCAGGUCCGUCCCUGCCUCAGCUGGAGGGAUGUCCAGCACAUCAUCACCUUCACCGCCACUGAGUGCGACAGCAGUGCAGACUGGAGGGUGAAUGGAGCUGGUUUCCAUCACAGCCACCAGCACGGCUUUGGUCUGCUCAACGCAUGGAGGCUCGUCAAUGCUGCCAGUGUGUGGGAGCCGGUGCCGUUCCUCGUGUCCUAUCAGAGCACAGUCAUUAAAGAGGAAGCGCCCAUCCCGACCUAUCCGGACGAGCUGAUUCGUACCUGGAACGUCUCUGCUGCCGAACUGAGACAGUCUGGAAUGGAGACACUGGAGCACGUGGCCAUUACUGUGACGUUAACCCACCCUUGCCGUGGCAGCGUGGAGAUUGUGUUGGUCUGCCCCAGCGGUAUGAUGUCAAUCAUCGGGGCACGGCGUGUUAUUGACAGAGACCCUGCAGGCUACCAGGACUGGACUUUCUCUACUGUGCGCUGCUGGGGAGAGAGAGCUGAAGGCCAGUACACCCUCAAGAUAUCUGACCACAAAGAGCCAUCAUCUAUGAAGUGUGCAGCUGUGGGAGUGUUGAAGCAGUGGAAACUGUCCCUGUAUGGAUCCUCUAUGACCUUCAGUGAGGUCAAGGAGAGACAGAGGCUGGUGGAGGAGGCUAUGAGUGGCAAAUAUCUGGACAGCAGCUUCUCUCUGCCCUGCCCUCCAGGCCUGGACAUCCCUCCUGAGAUCGUCAACCCCUUCACCUCCAACAACCUCAAGUUCCUGCUGUUACUUGGCUGCUUUGCUCUCUUUUGGUCUCUCUACUACAUGCUGGAGGUCACGCUGGCCCACCUGGACCUCAGGGUCCUUGUCUGCCUGCGCAGGAGAUGGGGACGUCACAGGGCCAGGAGAGGGCGCCGAGGGAGAGGAGUGGAGGAUGCAGAGGUAGAAGAGGACGGGGAGGAAGAGGAAGUGGACUCAGGGGUGGAGUUGCAUGCAGUGCUGGACUCGGAGGCCAAAGCACCGUUUCUCAGUGGAGAGCGGCUGGUAACAUAGCACUGAGCCAGACGAUGGGUCUAAAAUGUCUCAGGCUUUGGCCCUCUCCUCUCCUCUCCACCCACCCUCCUAUACUGCGUCUGACACCUGUAACUGUGGUGAUGGCCUGCAUAUGAACUUGACUGAAGAGUGGACUCUUUGUCCUUCUCUGCAUUCCCCAACACGUGGCCUUGUAUGAAAAUCUAUGUAUAAGUGCUGUUAAUGUGUGUGUGUGUGUGUGUGUGUGUGCGUGCGUGCGUGCGUGUGUGUGUGUUGUACACCUGUCCCUCUAACAAAUGUCCUCAUAAGGAAACAAAACUGAUGACAAUCUUCCAACAUGAGGAUAUUUAGUCCUGGGGUUAAAGUCCCCAUCAGAAUUAGGUUUAAGUUAGAGAAAGUUUCAGGCAUGAACUGGAGAGGGACCUGACCGGGUCCUAGUAUAAUUGCAUGUUUGCAUGUGUGAAAGGGUGUAUACAGUCUGUCUGUAUGUAAAUAUGCUUCUACAGAAGAACUGAGUCUUUAAACCAAGAGAAAGAUGAAAACAUGAUGUGCACUAUAGAAUGGUACAAAACUGCUGUAUGUGUGACUGAGUUUGUUUGUUUGUUUGUGUGUGUGUGUGUGUGUGUGUGUGUGUGUGUG